AUCCUCACUGACGCCCUUGCUCUCGCCCCCCACAGCUCCGCACGUGCUUCUUCAAGUGCUGCGCACCGGGCCAGGUCCUGUUCUGGUCCAAGGACAUGGCGCGCAAGGAGUGCGUCAACAGGACGUCCUGGAGGGACGAGGUGCCGGCCGGCGUGUUCGACAUCGCACUGCCGGAGUUCCUCCUCGACCUGUACAGCGAGGGCGACCUGACCGAGGCCACGCAGAGGGCCGUGCCCGUCCCCGCGCACUGGAGGGUCAUGGUCUCGGAGCGACACCGCCAGAACAAGAACGGCAUGUUUAAGCUCAAUUCCAACCAGGAUCCGGACGACUUCUUCUACCUGCUGGAGAAGAACGCCUCCCUUCUCGUACCCAAGUACACUAUGUCCAUCUUCGCGCCGGGGACGUUCUGCCUGGACCUGUUCGUGGUGAUGCGCAACACCAGCGACGGCGAGGUGUCCGUCAGCACCGAGCUGUCCGCGCUGGUGCCCUUCAUGGACGUGGAGGGCGAGGUAGCCGUGUCCGCCAUCGUCGGCAUCCUGUACCCCAUCGGCCUCCUCAUCUCCAUCCCGUUCCUGGUGGCCACGUUCGCCGUGUACUGCACCUACAGCGAGCUCCGCAACCUGCCGGGCAAGAGCCUCAUGUGCUACGUGGCCUCCAUGAUCGCGGGCUACCUACUCCUGUCACUGGUUCAGCUCAACUUGGACGUCGACAACAUGACCUGCCUCGUCCUCGGUAAGUCCGAAUUUGCUCACGAACUUGCCCCAUUCUCCCGCUCUCCCCUCUGCUAAAAGAGGGUAGCAUUAUCAGUACUGGCCAGGUCGAGUGUCAAUCAUCCGUAAUGGUGACCGGCUCGACCUUGAGGCCGGGGGCGCGACGCGGCCU